GAUUUUUCCAAGUAGAAACUUAUUCCAAUGAUCAAAAAUAAAUUUAAACUAAAAAGCUAUUGACGAUAACUUUAAAAAGUAAUUUUCUACGAUGUAUACAAUUUAUAAAAAAUUAAAUAAGCUUAUCUCCAACGAUUUUCCAUUCAAUUUACUGACAAAAAAAAAUUUUUAUUUAAAGGAACUGGAAAAGAGUUUUGCUGUAUCAACACCAGGAGAUAGUAGUCCGGUUUGCUAUCCACCUUGCAGCCCGCCUCCAGCCCCUGCAGCUUAUCUAUCAAGUGUCCGAGCGUCGUCCAGGAAAUUAGACGGUGCAAGUGGACAUCCUUCACCCGAUCGCGAUUCUGUUGGUCGACUACUUCGAUACUUGAAGAGCUUUUACAAAGAAAUAGCUACCAGAGAUCCCCAUCACUUGCCACCAUGGACUUCAUUUCUUCCAGCCGGUACAUUUUGCCCAGCGCAUUUUCAACCCCAUUUACAGCUAAUAUACAACAACGACCAAGAGCACCGUUUGGAGAGAAUCAAAAUUGACCAAAUAUUUUCAUCAGUUCGACUAAGCGACGGAAUUUUACUAGAAGGACCGAGACGUGUCGCAAUAGAAGGGGGCCCGGGAAGUGGCCGGACAAGUUUAUGCUUGAAACUACUUCAUCAAUGGGCGAACCAAGGCGACGGCCCGGCCCUCGCAUUCAUGAUCCCGCUCCGGGAAUUACGCGGCAACUCAAUUAUAAAUUACUUGACGCGUGAAUUUUUGCCGAAGAGCGCGGCUCUGGGUGAUGCGAUAGCGCAAGUCUGGCGAACACUUCAUCUGUUGGAAGACCGGGUGCUUUUUAUUCUCGACGGGUAUGACGAGUGUUCAGGUGCCAAGGCGUCAUUAGCGGACGCCGCAGAUCUGUUAGAAGCCCGACUUUUUCCCGACGCAAGAAUUCUCGUAACCUGCACGCCAAAUAAUUCUUCAAGCUUGUCAACGAUGGUGCAGCGGAGAAUCCUUUUAACUGGGCUGGAGUGGUCUCAUGUUGAGAAGCUCUGCGUGGCUUACUUUAUCCACAACAAUUUAUCCGAGCACGCCUGUGAUUUUUUAGAGAAUUUGAAUGUCCAGUCUCAGUCCGCGAAGGAAUUUAUCCAGUAUCCAUUAGGCUGGAUUAUGUUGUGCUCACUUUAUCGUGACGCUGGAAAAUUGCCGAGUGAAUGUAACACUUUGAUACAAGAGGCCAUCAAAGGGGUAGUUAAGAAAAGUUUGGAAGACCCGCUGACUCCCGAUGAAGAGAUACCGAUUUAUUACAAGAAAAAACUCGAAGACUUUGGUAAACUUUCUCUGUCGAGCUUGAGAAAAGGAAAAUGCUGUUACACUGAAACAGAACUGAGAACUCGUGGGGGCGGGAUCGAUAUCACCAGACUCGGGUUCCUAACACGCGGUUUUACAUUCGGACAUCGGAGAAAAACAGAAAUUUAUACGCCGAUCCAUCUUGCGGUGAUACAGUACUUCGCGGCGUGUUAUCUCGCCUCGGUAUCGCAAUUCACAAACAUUCUGAGAAAUGAACUGGAUGGAUUGCCCACUGAAAUAAUAAGUCACUUGGCAGCGUUACUCGGACCCAGAACGUAUUUGAUACUUAAUCAACUUUGCCCCCUGGAAAUUCCUCCGCGAAUGAUAUUCUCGUUACUUAAAGCCGCAGGAACGUCAGACAAUAAUAUCCUGUCUGUUUGCCGACUAUUUGGAGCAGCGUCCGGGUUCGGACCAACCCCUAAUGAGAAACCUCCUGUUCCAUUAGUUCAAAUAUCACCGCUUGAGUUGGAAGGAUGGACUAAAAUACUUUCCAGUUCGGCUUGUACACUCGAAGCCCUUGAAGUUGUCUUUCAAGUUGAACGUGGAUCUGAUCCAACUUAUCUAAAUAAUUUCUUCAAUGCUCUUUCCAACAAUGAGAGUGUUAAACUUGUUAGAAUAACUUCUCUGCUAGGACAAGAAUUUUCAACAGACGAAACACAAAGACUCGCUGAAUAUCUCAAGAGUGUGCUCAGCAAAAAGAAACUUAAUGAUUUUGAACUUGUUAUUACGUGCUUAGAGGAAUCCUCCAAUGACAGGCUGGAGUGUGUGGUGUGUGCCCUCUGUCAAGGUUUGAGAAACGCUUCUCCUCACCUAUCACGAGUGGUACUCGAUAUGAAUCUGUCCAGCGAGCAAGUCAGUAGGGUUUGCAAGACACUCCGGGAUUGUGCUCAAGUACAGGCACUACACUUGCCCCAUUUGAGCUGCGGCAGCGAUGGCUUGGCAUCUGUUGCGAACCUUCUCAAAGAAAGACCUUUGUUUGCACUCAAUCUCGCCGGAAGCUGGGGAACUAAAACCGAAGAUCCAUCAAGCUCUGGGAUUAGUAUGGGGUCUGGGUCGGGCUCUGGAAGCAGCGGUUGCGCAUCAAACACACUCGGAGCAUUAUCCGUUAAUCGCUGCUACUCUUCUCUUCCACGUGGUACCCUCGCAGCUUAUGGCAGUUUGACUAGACCAGCAACACUACCUCGUCUGCCAUUAGGUAUUGGCCUCAAUCCUAGCCCGGCUACUACUAAUGGCACACUUCCACAAAAUGAUAAUGACAAAGACAGCAGCUCUGGUAACAGCAAAAGAAACAGCGACAGCGUACUUUGUCAUCGUCUCCCGGUGAUGCAUCCGCUUCCCACUUGUGACGUCGCCUGUCAUCAAGGAACGGGUUUUCAUGAAAUUUUCAGUACUAUACGGGAACAAAACUGCAAAUUACGAUCUCUGAAUGUCUCAAAGUGUCUACAAGGAAGUCUCGAUGCGAGUUGUCUAGGGGAAACAAUCAGACGAGCCAGAAAUUUGGAUGCUGUAAGAGCAGCCGGUGCCUCAAGGCCAAUAGAUAUUAUGCCCCUUGUUCUUGCACUUACUGAGGCUCCCUGUCUCCAACUUCUUGAUCUAGCGAGUCCUCGUCUCGCAAUUGAUGAUCAUCCCUCAAGACUUUUAUGCCAUGCACUAGCGAGGAAUGAAACUCUUCGUCUACUCAGUCUUGAAGGAUGGACUUUUAGAAUAGAGGAAUCUGACAGUCUGGCAGUAUUUGCGGAGCUAUUGAUGUGCACAAGUGUACGUGAAUUAAAUUUGUGCAAUGCCCGUCUGCAUCUAGCCGUUCACGAAGGUCCACUUUCAAGAUUAGGUCGUAGAGACGAUGUAGGAGCGGAACUGUUGAGGGCUGCGCCACCCCCUACAUGCCCUUCGAUAGUUUUCCUCCGUCUGGCCGGUUUUCAAGUAUCAGUCAACGAUAGAUUAGUAUUACGCGGGCCAUUAUUGCUACCAUUCAUCGCCGGUUUCACAGCUUUAAGUGAUUUAGAUUUGUCAUUAGAUAAGUCGGAAAUAGGUAAUAACAAUGGUUCGCAAUUAUAUAUAGACGAUAAAAUAUUACAACAAUUUUUUUCGUGCUUGGGGAUGAAUUUAAAAAAUUUACAGACAUUGAGAAUAAAUUACUGGCAAAUAACACUUGAAAAUAGUGAAAAAACAAUGAAACACAUAUCGAAAAACCUACGGCUUUGUAAUUUAAGUUUUCUUAAAGCUAACGGAUUGGUUGUUACUGACAGUGUUAAACGUAUACAAAUAGAACAUGUCUUUAUACAAACAGUACUUGCUAACUUGCAAGCACUAACUUGGCUUUGUCUUGAUGGUAUUAAACUCACUGAAAAUCAGUGCACUACGUUAGGUAAAUGGAUCAAGGAUAAAUAUCCGGGCAAUUUACUUGAAAUAAGUGCUAAGGAUAUUAAUGUUAAGGCUGUUAAGGCUUUCGUUGCUGCCGUAGAAGACGGGGAGCGUAUUGAUAUUAAUUACACCGGUGGAUUUAUUUGCCGGCUGAAAAUAAGCAAACUCCAGAAAAAUUCUAAGAAUAAGAGUAAGUUUAAGUAA